AACAUUUUGAUGCAAGAAGCAACCAAUGAGGCCCCAAUAGCCGCUGACCGACCAACUGAAAGCUCUUGUAAUUCACCAAGUGCAACUACUAUGAAAGCAUACGUUGGAGAACUCGAUUCCAACAUGGGCAAAUCGGAUUUGCUUCCAGCUCUAAACCAUCUCGGGAAAGUAUCAUCUUUUCGGAUUUCUCGAGAUGCCAUAACUGGAGCUAGUCUUGGAUAUGGCUUUGUUGAAUAUGAUCCAAGUCACUCAGUUCGGCCGUUACGAGAGAUAUCGAUAAACGGCAAAUUGGUGAGAGUGAUGUGGUCACUUCGCCAGACACAGAUAGUAGACGAAAAAGAAGCUGUAAUAUAUCUAGCGAACUUGGAUAAAUCCAUAGGAGAGAAGGCUUUGCGGGACACAUUUUCUGCAUUUGGAUCCGUCACUUCUUGUACACUACUGUCAGGUUGCAAAUCCAGUGGUACAGCAGCAAUAACGUUCGACACCCACGAAGCGGCUAAAAAGGCAGUAAAAAUAAUUAAUGAGUGCUUAUGGAAUGGAGAGCAAAUUGUUGCGAGUUUUGAGCGCAUCGAAGAGCACGAACUACCAGUGACACAGAUAGGAAAGGCUACCGUAAAUGAAAAUCUAAAUUCCCGGUCGGACCACCAUCAAGAGCAGACAAUCUUACCUCCAGAGGCUAGUAGCAAUGCCUCGUCGUGGCCAGAUAUGGCUACCAAUAGAUCGAAAGGAUCUAACAUUGUAAAUAAUGUAAGAAAAGAUGGAAUAUUGGAUACAUCACAGAAUCCAGAUCAUGAAUGCGACGGCCAGAAGCCCAAAGAGAGUUCUACAGCUGACAAGGACACUGGAGUCCACCAAACGGGUGAUACGUUUCACAGGGUAUCAAAUCACAAAACCGAUACUAGUGAAGGAAAGCGAGAACUGUACAUACGCAACAUCGAUGCGACAUUAGACGAACGUACAAUCAAAAAAGAAUUUGAGGUUUUCGUCAAAGUGGAGCAAGUUCGUAUAGUCAAGCAGAGAAAGCACGACUCACCCAAGACGUACGGAUUUGUCACUGUCAAAUCGCUACAAGAUGCUAACAAGCUAAUAUCGGAAAUGAGCGGGAAAUCCUUGAGGUCCAAGACCCUGCAUAUUUCUUUUGCGCACUCAAACUAUCAAACCGACCAAUCAAGAAACCAAUAGAUAUGUGAAAUGCAUCAAAACCUUUUAUUUAAAGCUGUAACAUUAUUGAAACAUUUUAGCUAUUUAACCAUUCAUUGUACAUUUGUUUGUUAAAACUUCUGCAGUUAUUUCGCCUUCAACUUCUGCCAUGAGUGACUGUACCGUGACUGCGUUCCCCAGAGCAGCUCAUUUUUUAUAAUUUCAGUUUUUUUUUGCUG